GCAUGUACUUGCCAUACCUACUAUAUGCCUUUUCAUCWAUCAAUCUUAUUAACUAUGGGGCUGGUAUCACCAAUACUUUUUUGUGUGUGUGUGUGUCUGUGAUUUUUUUCUUAGAUUAAUAAUUGAUUAAAAGCCAGAACAGAAUCUGAUUAAAGUUUAUAAGUAACAUUAUUAACACAAUAACAUGUUUUGUUCUGAGACAGUAAAAACCUUUUUUUUUCCCCUAAAGAGAUUUUACUUAAUCAUUUCACAACAUCUGUUAAAAACAUUUUCAUCAUAUUCUAUUUUUUUCAAAUAGAAGUGUGUGUUUCAUAAAUACAACAAUGGGGCUCUCCUUGUUUCUUGCCUGCCUGAAUCAGACCUUUCGGCUUGUUGAGUCACGUGACAGUACAGCAUCAAAAGCACAGAAGAAGAAAGUGAGGGAGAAUCAAGACUGCUCCGCGCCGUCGCUCAUUUUGGUCCUUUCGGCUUGCCGUAAGMGACUAGCGAAAUGUUUAUAUGUAUCGAUCCCAGCGAAGUAUAUCGAUACAACCGCGCUGCCGUAGCUUGUGCUAGCGAGAUGGAUGACUUUGAGGAGCAGCUGGCAGAGACGGUUAAACAUUACAGUCAUCUUUACAACUGUUCCAACAAACCGUACAAAGAGAGUCAAAUGGCGAAGAACUCGUGGAAGGAGAUCUCACAGUUGUUGUGCACGGAGGAGUCCGUCUGUCGGAAACGGUGGCGCUCUCUGCGUGACAAAUUUGCAAAGGCCAAGCGGAGGGUAGAGAGAUGGAAGCGUGAAAACCCCGGCGGGAGGAGGAAACCCGUUCCAGCUCUGUACACUGCUUUACAGUGGCUGGACAGUUACAUAAAGAGCCGCGAGGCGACAGUCGACAUGAAUGUGUUUGAAGUGGAGAUAGACGGAGGAAUAGACGACGUGGAGAAAGAGCCAGAAAAAGACAAGAAGGAGCUGCUGGACUCCCUGCCGGUCAUCACUACCAUUUUCUCUGCUGCUGAUUCCAGUCCUAGCAGCCUUCAGACUGUGGACGCUUCUCUUAAACGCAAAAGACAAACGAGCACACAAACGGAGAAGAGUUCUGCGGACACCCUCGCCGGUCUCAGAGAUGAAGAUGAACUGUUUCUGCUCAGCCUGCUGCCCUCAAUAAAGAGGCUGAGUAACAGAAAAAAGAUGGAGGUSAGGAUGAAGUUUCAGCAGGUGMUUUAUUCAGCAGAAUUUGAGAACUCAAAUAGUUAAAAAGAGGUUGUUGAUUGUUAUAUGUACAUUCGUUACAACUUGUAAAUAUUUAUUUUUUAAUCAAGAUAAAUCAAAAACUUGUUUUUUUUAUGCUGUGUACAUCUUUUGGAAAUUCACUAUCUGGUCAAAAAGUCUCGUUUUUCUGAACUACCCAAUUUUUUUUACACAUAUAAAAUGUUUUGAUCAGCAUAAGCAAUGAGAGCGUUAAUUUACAUCACAUUUUAAAAAUGUGCUUUUAGAUAAAGUUUACUUUUCGUUUGUGGGAAAGAUAAUUUCUAAAUUUAUGUUGAAGUGUUUUUUUUUUUGCUAAGAUAAAACAAAGGAAAUAUUGAGGCCAUGUGAAUCUAAAACAGUCAAAUAUAGAGCGUCAUAGGGAGCAAGUGCUUUAUAUGGCAAGCAAUUCAUUUAUUUAGUUUGUGGUAAAUAUUUGACAGAGUUUCUCAACUUCUCUUUUGCAAAGUAAAAAUUUCUGAUCAAGAACUUACAAAUUGCAGGUAAGUUUGAUUUCAUAUUUUAGUUCUCUUUGUUUAUUCUCACUCCAAUAAACAAUGACUUGUAAAAUGAUAGAUUACGCUGCACAUAAAUAGCUAUUUUYCUAAAGGGUGCUAUUUAUACAAGGUAUAUUUUACAAAUAAAUAUCUUGUUUUUU